UCCAAGAAUAUCGGAGUUCCCAGUUAUGCUUCUAGUGUGAUGAGGUCUUGAAGGUGGUGUACAUGUAUGUAUUCUACCACGACGUAGGCCAACUGAUUUGCCAAGUGAGACCAUGGAGAAAGUGUUUUAUUUCUCCAUGGUGAGACCUACUACAUGCUCAGGUCACAGGAAUUAGGGCUCAUCGUAAGAAAUGCACUCGAAUGUGAGUGCUCGCUAAUCUAGUUGUUAGUGCACCAUUGAUCAGUGGUCUGUGCUCGAAUGUAUAUCGGCCUAUGUGUGAGCUACAUUUCCCCGUCUGAUCGGUGCUAUUGUGGUGUACAAAAGGUCGUCAGAAUCGAGUGUUUACAAAGGACUGGGCGACAAAGGAACUCCAUUUUUGGACCCACAGCGUGCCGAGCUACGCAUAACAACCGUCGCCCCAGCCAGUUGACACCGUCGAGACUGAUAUUCGUUUGCUUUGCACCGUCGAGGUGAAACACGAAGUCAAAGAUCUGCAGCGGGCUUCAGGUUCUCGUCGAUUGCUACAUUGCUGAAGCGAGUGAUGACCAAGUCGACCACGUCAUAUUUCAGGGAGUUUUGACAACCAUUGCAAUCCGAUUACUGGAUGGUGUUGGUGUGAAUUCCCACGGUGUUGGCCUAUGCGCUGCACGCAGGUGCACGUUAGAAAUCGCGAUCGCCAACACGCGAUCCUUGCCCACGUUCACAUGGAUUGAACCAGUUGGAUGGACUAGGAAUGGAAGUGCCAUAGUAUUUUAGUAGCACAAAAGCCAGAACUAAACACCUUGAGCCUGACGGCACUGUUAUACUUGAUGCCACAAUCAUGUGGCACUCCCCAAGUAAGUCUGCAACGUCUACCCGUGAUCACAGGCAUACCACAACCAGUGCGUCCGCGCAGAAAGGAAAGACAACUGCCAAGUCAAAGGUCGAGGUGUGGGAACCCCUGCGUGGUUGGGAGGAUGACGUUAAUGCUGGACAAGAUAUUGAAACCAUUGAUAUUGACUCGUGGUCGAAGAAAAACAAGAGGAAGAAAGAUGCCGCAAAAGUUGCCACAGAGGGCAUGGAAGUUUACCUCUGUUGGGCCAGCAAUCACUGCUCUGAAAUCACCGAUUAUGAGGAAUUUGUCAACGCCAGUCUCACAGCUGAUCUUAAACCGGCCGAAAAUGCGCCCUCUGAGGAGCUCAGCCCUGCUGUCAAACAGCCCAAGUCCAAAUCAAAACCCACGGUGCCGAAUAAAAUUAAAAGCACCCCGAAAAACAAAGGGGUCUGGAAAGAGGGGACCCGAGGGUCGACUGAACCCAAGAGUUCUGGAGAUGACAGUAGGACGUACGAUGCGGAAAGCGAGGCUAGCGGGAGUUCAAUGGUCGGGCGUCCAAUUUCGACAGCGUACACAGCCUCUGAGAACUCGGUCUGCGGUAGCAACGAAGGCCCAGUGAUUGAUGGAGACGGCAACGGCAACAUGGAGGCAGUGGGUGGUUCUGCUCGCCAGGUUGGUGUCACGCGGAGUGCACCGGUUUCAAGAGUGCAAGACAAGAGUGAGCAAAAAAGUAGGAAGAUAGCUUCCGCUAAGUCCACCGACGACACCGCCAAGCGGUCCACGCAGAUGCGCCGCGUGGCCAUACGGAAUUCUGCCGCCAAGUCGUCCCUGGAUAUGAAGCGCCUAACGCUGGACAUGCCGCCCUCACCUCCCAACGCUAGGUUGUCCAACCCGAGUUCUCCCCGACGAGAUGAACCGAAUAACAACCCCGGCCAGGCUCGGUCAGAAGUCGACAAAGCCGCGGUCCUCAGACUUCUCGAGGAAAGACUAAAACGGAGCAACGCCUCAAACAGGCUCAACUUUGACCUACCUAACUCUGGGUCCAUGAGCGUGGGAGACCUCUUGUCCAGCAGCCCGAGGAUUGUUCACCGCGUUGGCCCCGCGGGCGACAACGAGCGAGACCCGAACGUCUACGCAGCGCUUACAGGUGACAUCACCCUCACCGACCAAAAAGACACCAUUUCCCCUUGGUCCCAGGCCGACAGUGCAAUAGGAUCUUCUGAAAACCCUCAUAGACCAGCAGGGAUGAUCCCGAAUGGAGCAAGAACUAAAGAAGCCUCGAAGUCCAUUCUGCCGUCUGUCUCAACAGGUACGUCGGUAAUAUCAGCAGCUCCUCCCUUAGACAGUACAUCUACGGGAGAUAGCGUCAUGAUGAGACAGGAGUCGCCGGCAGUGAGUGGUGAUGGGCUGAGUACAGUCAGCGCCGCCGCAGCAGACGAUGCAAGAUUACUGAAGCAUCAGCAACGAAUUUUAGACCUGGUUAAGAGAACCGCAACCCUGUGGGACCACGAUGCCGGCGUAAUUCCAUGGAAGAAACCCCUCCGCUGUGCAAUAACGAGGUGUGAUCGCGACGUGGCCGAGCUCCCUAGGGCUAAUAUACCACAGACGGAAAAGCGUACCAAAGGACGCGCUGACCAUGGCGAGCAACGACUAACACGGACCAAGCCACCGUCGGUGAGAUCUAGGCAGAUUGAGCGUAUCGCGUCCGUAGUCCUAGGCAGGAAGCUUGCUGACAACUCCAAACCCGCCCUGCACCGUGGGCCUCCCGGGUUCCGCCCAGCAGGCAAGACACCUUUGCAGCGGGCUGUCGAGAGCGCCCAUAAGAAGAUGCAUGGUCAACACUACUACCUCUUUACACAUACUUCCAGCUCCCAGCAGUCAGCUGACUUGAAGAAUCUUCCAAGGUACACAUCAACAGGUCAGCCCGUGUCAGGUCAUCGAGAGAGGGCGUCUUCUGGGCGAAGCAAUCAAUCUGAGCGCAGCAUCAACAAUGCCUAUGUUUGGAAAGAGCAUUUGGAGAGCCAGAUAAAGCAACAAAGAACAACACCUGCGCUGUCCGGUUCGAACACUGGAGGGAAUAGCCACCAACAAACUAACCCUUGCACCAACCAAUCAUCGCCAGCCACGUCAGUACCUCUAACACUCAUGCCGUCACAAACGUUCAACAGAAGAAAGCUCAGCUACACUUUCAGUUGGGAGAACGGCCAGCCAAGACUGCAGACUUCAUCUCAGUGGUCGACAGGAAUGGCCACGCCCUGAUCAACAGACCUAAAGCCAUCAUCAGUGUUGAUAGCAAGCCUGCUCUCUGAAACCGGGAGUCACCUAUGAAUUCCCUGUUUUCUGUCGUCACAUACAUUCACGACAUUCCUUUUCGGCCGAAGUAGAAAAUCCGAACGUUUAAGUGAAAUGCAGAUUCUGUGUGCGCGACAAGUUAGAGUAUUUUACGGUUGGACAUAAUUAUUUUAUUGAGCUCCUCGUACUUGGCUGCAUGACGUUUAAGAAUUAUCGACUGCAACAUCCUGUCGUUGCCUGGUCCCAGUUUUCGUCCAGCGAUCAACACAAAGUCCAUGUUGUCUUGGUGCCUGCUGUGUAGCAGUAUCACAUUUUAUUGCGCGUCAUCUUGGGUUAGUCAUCAAGUUGGGUUUGUGACAUUUUUCUCCUCGGCACUACAUUCUCAAAAGCACAUCACAAAAAUCCGACCAUUUUCACCACAAACUGUAAGUCAGAAUUCAGCUUCGACCUUGACGAAAAUCGGUACUGUAGUUAAAAGUUUUCUAUUUGGUUUGCACAAUAAAGUCGGUGUAUUAUGCUACAUUUAUCAGUAA